AUGGCUUCAAACGAAAACAGUGUAUCCACUAAAGAAUUCUUGGACAUCGAAAAGACUUGUGAUGCAUACAAAGAUAGCGAUGAAGAAAUUAAAAUGAUACUUUCAGAAAUAAAUAAACUAUCCGGAAACAACAAUAACUGUAACAUGAUAGAAGAUGAUAUGGAUGAUGUUGGAUUGAUCUUAAAAAGAGCGGAAGAUAUAGCUUUAGAGACAGAAAAUUUAUUGCAAAAAAGUCCUAUAGCAUCAGUUUUAAACAACGACUCUGCAACUCCUGCUAUUCCUCAGAUUAAAGUUAGUAAACCAAGUCAAAUUAUAGAACAUGUUGAGGAAUCCUCUGUCCUGCAAAUUAAGGUGUGUAAGAAAACUUGA